UCUAGUCAAUGCCAAAUGCAUUGACAUUCACGUUGCAGCUGUCACCUGCUACACUAGAAACGUUUUGCUCUACCGAUUUUGUGUGAUGACAUAAGUUCAAGAACCGCUAGUAUUGUUGUGUACUGUGCAGUUAAGUGUAUUUUCACAAUGAGUGAUAAGAAAAGUGAAGCUUCUCUGCACCAAGAUUGCGAUGUAAUAGAAAAUACCAGGAAACGGUUUUGUACGGAGAAUGCGAAUCGGAGGAGUUGGAGUUUGCUCGAGCGGUCAACCGAUCAAGAGGUGUUGCAAGAAAUGGGGGUCAGCCUUUUGGAGUCUGAUGAGGAGGCCUCAUGUGGACCUAGUUCGUCAGGACUUGCUCAAAAAUCAACAAAGAAUCGUCAGGACAUAGAGAAUGUGAAUCCUAACGUGAAUUCCGUGACGUCGCCGCGGUCUAGGUACAGUCCUAGAAGCCCUAAGCGCAAAGCUAGUCCUCACGCUGGACCUUCAAGGGUUAAGAGUCCUCGCAGUUCUGAAAAACUGAAACCGCUCCAGGAGUCGGAACAGCAGAUCUUGGAGACCAGUCUCGUUGAUGACUUCCUCAUCGAAGAGGAGACUCCUCAGGCCCAGUCCGUCAGCGCUGGGUAUAUACCCACUGCUGGGGCCACAUACAGUGCUGGUAGUGAUAGCAGUGGGGGGCGGCAGAGUUGUACACCGUUAGGCAUAGAAGAUGACGCGAUACUGGUACGGCGCCACAAGCCGGAGGCUGCGGACGGGGAGGUGGACUCGUUCAAGCUGCUCUCCGAUGAGAUGAUGCUCAGCAUCUUCAACUGGCUGCCGAAGCGCACCCUCGCUCAUUGUAUGGUGGUUUGUAAGAGGUGGUACAGAGUAGCUUGUGAUGAAACUCUCUGGGUCCGAAUGGACCUAGGCAAUAAGACAAUCGCCAAAGAUGCACUAGGCAGAAUACUAGAUAGGAAACCUGUUAUACUACGAUUGGCGAGCUCUGAGAUAGGCGACUGGACGCCCACCGUCCAGCUGCCCGCGUCCCGGCUGCAGUACCUGGACCUGAGCAUGGCCACCAUCACCACCAGGACCUUGGACACACUGCUCCAAUGCUGCCCCAAUCUCAAGAAGGUCAGCCUCGAGAGUCUACCGAUUGAGGAUACCACUCUCAGUAUUAUUGGCCAAUGCACAAAUCUAGAAACCCUAAACUUAACUAUGGCCUUUGGGCUGAAGACUGAAGGCUUUAACGCAUUAUUCGAAGGAUGCCCCAACUUGCUAGCUCUGAACCUGGGCUGGUGUGGUAUCAGUGAAGAGUCUCUUAAUGUACUGGUAGAGAAGGCACCAGAACGCUUGCAGCGACUCAACCUAGGAGGUGUUCGAACACUGACUGAUAGUUUACUAGCCAAGCUAGUGGACCGCUGUCCUCGUCUCCUGGAGCUGGAUGUAUCAGAUUGCGGCCAGCUGACGGUGAACAGCAUCGGCUCGUUCCUAAAGCUGCAGCGACUGGAGCAUCUAGCUGUGAACAGGUGCUACUCCAUACCCGUCACGUCGCUAACCCAAUUAUCAAGAAUGCCUCACCUUCAAUACUUAGACGUAUGGGGCUUACUCCAGAGUCACUGCCUCUCAUCCUUCCGGGCAUCGAUUCCACAUAUCACAGUCAACGCCUUCAUGUUCAGCCACGGUCGUCCCACUGCAGCGCAAAGGUAUCCCUACCCUAUUUCCAAUCGUCUAUGUGCAGAACUUUAUGCGACCGACCCUUUUCAUAGGUGUCGAGUACAUCCCACACGACCCUUCUGGGAAAUACUUAGAAGAGAACUCUAUAUAAGUGUGGAAGGAAGAGCCAUGCUUCGGCACGAAUGGGCCGGCUCCACUGGAGUGGUACCACGGCCUCACAAAAAACCGACGUGAAACAACGCUUGCGUUGUGUGAGUGAGGUUACCAGAGGCCCAAUUCCCCCCUUACCAAUCUUCCCCAUCCCCGAUUCCCGAACAACAACCCUUAAAUUCCUAACUCCCAAAAAGCCGGCAACGCACUUGUAACGCCUCUGGUGUUUCAAGUGUCCAUGGGCGGCGGCGAUUGCUUACCAUCAGGAUUGUUUCACAAAAACUCAUAAAAACAUAGGUAAUACAUAUGUUCCGAAAAAUUACGGCCGCAAUCACCUCUGCCGUUGGCAAUAUGCCGCUCGUGUGUAAGAGUUAUAAGAGGCUCUUACUUCUACUAAUAGGUGUGAUUAGCAUCUUCAUAUCAGCCGAGAAGUCCACUACUGAACAUAGGCCUCCCACAAUGCAUGGUGUUAGUUAUAAGUUAGUAAAAAUAGGGAUGAUGACGGGGUAUGAAAAUUAAAAUAUCUAUUUAGUCCGUCAGUUAGGUAAUGAAAAAAUAUUAGACACGUAUUUUUUUAUUUUGUCAUAUAAGAUAACAAUACUUAGAUAAAACGUGUCAAAGUUUACGAGUGGGAGCUAAUUACGUCACUUUUGAGUAUAAAACGUACUUAAAAGUGACGUUACGCGAUAUUUCAAAUCGAUAUAUCUUCGAAAGUAUUUAUUUGUUUCCGUAAAAAAAUAAAAAAUACGUGUGUAAUGUUUUAAAAUAAUCUACAAGACGGACAUUGAAAUAGAAAUUAGUCAUCUACCCUAUUAAGAUGUCGUUAAAUGAUCUC